AACCUGGCAUGCCAUACCUUACGAGGAGGGUGAUAUAUUCUCAAUAAAUCUACCAUAACAAGGGCAAGAAAGAAUGAUCAGUCGGAUUUCUAAACAAUGUUGCGACCCAGCCGAAGUUUUGCAUGUAAUUUGAAUAUGACGUCAUUCAUUUAAUUGAAUUUGUUUAUACAGGGUUCUAUAUCGUAGUUGUCAAAUUAACUUGUUUACAGUACAUAUACUUCAUGUAGUAAUAUGCAAAGACCAAUCCCACAAUCAAGAACCAUCCCACAACAAAAACCUUGACCUAAAUCUUUGGGAAAUUAACUUAUUUAAAAACAAAUAAAAUGGAAUAAUGGAUACGUUUCCUAGGUACCAAACAUCGUAAGCGGAUUACGACUGCGCCUUUUUUCGUCCUGUUUGCAAAUUGAUAUUGAAAACAAGUGUAAAUAAGUCUCUUCGUGCAAUGUGGCAAUAAUCAAAAUAAUAAGAACGUCGGAAUGGGAAUUAGUGCACAUAUAUGAAUAAUUAAGACAAUAUAUUGUCCUAUAAACCACAAACAUGAGUCUCUUUUCCCAACGUCGAUGAAAUUAAAACCAAGGUUGUCCAAUCGAUAGAGAUAGCCCGUAGUGCGCUUGGAAGCGAACGACAGUUUUUAAUUUGUCGAGUAAAAUCUAGAUCUGAGUUUUUACACCUAUUUUACGACGCGAAGCGAUUGCUAUUUUCAAUGAAAGGUCUUAUGUUACUAAUGCAACGCCAUCAAUCAAAUCCAGGGAUUUACGGAAUUAAUAAUUCGGACACCGUGUCGAGUGUAUUUUUCGGGAGUGAAUGUAGAAUCCCCGUUCGAUAUGCCAAGUGAGACAUUAUAAGCGUGUUCUCCGCGUAAUGGACAUUGAUCGGUCUCUUUGAUGUAUAUCUCCGUAUUUAUGACAGGUUUUCGAUAGCUGACUUUAUCCAAAACAGCCUGACCGUUUCUUUAUCAAAAACAUGAAAUAUCAUCCCGCUUCAUAGCGGCAGUCGUAUCAAGUAUAGCACCCACAGGUAGUUUUGAUUUUAAUACGAAAACGAGAGAAAAAAAGGAAAAGACAUGUACAAACUAAAAUCCAAAAAAUUUAAACAGAAAGUUUCUGAAUGGAUUUUGAGAAAACUAGCCAAUGUGGCAGUUACGAACGUAAAAUUUACUAAGAUCAAUUCGGCAAUCAUCUCAAUAUUUAGUGAAGUUAUUAUAAACGAUGUAAGUCUCACUAACGCUCGAGUUUGAAUAUAUGCAUCACCGGUCUCUACCUGAUUGCUUAUUGGCAUUCGAAGCUUAUCUAGUGGAGUCCGCUAACCAGUCAGUCAGUCUGCAGUCUACAGCGAGAGGAGCGUUGCGCCGAGCAAAUUGCCCGGAUGGUAGCGGAAGGAAUUCAGCAGGGUUGCCACCUGGGAUAGUGUGCGUGUUUAGUUGUUUAUCUUGAUUAUCACACCUGACACCACCUCCACCAGCCAUUGGUUACUCGGUGGUGCGUGGCUCGCUCGUACAGAGUUUAAGCCUAGGCAGAAAGCAGAAAGGACAAAGGUGUAAGGAUUUUCAGUCCUACGACCUCUGAGUUUGGAAAUAGCUUAAGGGUCGUUUUCCAUUUUUUCGUGCAUAUGAAAUCCCACCGCGGCACGGAAUACUAUACUUCGGACAGUUUUGAGCAUUCGGCUGAGAGCACGAUGAACUUCGCGCAAGAGGAGUUUAAAAAUAGCAAUGGCAGCCAAGGAAAAGGCCAAGGGGAUUGCAUUUCGUCAGUGCGAUGGAGUGACAACCGUGCAAUACAAGCUAUACGAUAGUACAUAUGCUGUGAUUCCACGUACUGCGGAGGAGCUGCGGUAAAAUGAGCGACCAGAGAUAGGGUCCCUAAGCUAUCAGAUUAAUGACAUAUCAGACAUUCGAGAUAGAUAGAAGUGAAACGCUGACAAUGAGUGCUUGCAGCUGGGUUCCACUCAGCGGUUUUAGAUAGAAGGAUGGAUAAAAGUGUGGAGGAAGGAAAACUUCAAGUUUUUGAUGACUUUAAAGAUGAUGAUGACGACGACGAUGAUGACUAUGGUGAUUACGAUGAUUACAGUGACGACGAAGAUGACCAACCGCGGCGAAAAACACUAAAGAGACGAUGCAUAUCAUGCAUGAAACAGUUUGUUGCCUUUCUUUUUUCUCACAUCGGUCUAAGCUGUUUAGUGGUGGCUUAUUGUAUAUUUGGUGGUUAUGUAUUCCGAAUGUUAGAAUCAGAUAAUGAACUUGAUGUUAAAAAAGGGGUGUCAGAUCUCAAACGGACUUAUGUCAACGAUAUGUACAAUGAGACAGUUGUGCUUAACCAUGCUUAUCAACCCAACUGGACACACAUAGCUGACACAAUAGUGGACAGUGCUCGAAUUGCGGAACCCCCUGAAGUCAAGAUCCACGAAUCGGAUGCCAGCAGGACCAGGAAGAUAAGUGCUCUCUGGAACUUGACAUUAAGACUGAAUGUCUUAAACCCAACGGAAUGGCAAGAGUUGGCGCAUAAAGUGUUGAAUGAGAGCCUCUCUGAGGAUAGCUAUGACAUCAAAAUUGUCCAUGAUGAUCGUGAGAAAGUUAGGGAUAUCAUAGAAAAUGUGCUGACAACGUACUCGCACCACGAUGAACCCGCGUAUUAUCUCUAUAGAAAGAGUUGGAUAGCCUACACUGAUAAAAAAUUGCAGGAGUUUAGCGAAAAAAUUUAUGUCCAAAUAAAAGAUUUUGGAUGGGAUGGAACAGAAAACCCCGGACUGCUGUGGACAUUCCCCAACGCACUUCUCUACGCUGUGACAGUCAUUACCACUAUAGGUUAUGGUCACAUAGCGCCCAAGACCGGCUGGGGUCGAGUCAUCACCAUACUGUACGCCCUCCUGGGCAUUCCACUCCUGCUGCUGUGCUGCGCCAAUAUAGGCACCACAUUGGCAAACUCGGUCCGAUUCCUCUACAACAAAGUGUGCUGUGGCAUCUGCUGCAUUUGCUGCCAGAAAAGAACGUCACCAAGCAGAGGUCCCAGUCGUGUCAGCUCAAGGUACGAGGGCAAUGCACGGAGCAUGCGGCGUAGCCGGAGUGCCAGCUCCAGGAAAAGCACUAUGGCUAAGAAAGAUUCGUUUUACCAGAGGCUAGAAAGUAUUCAAGGGGAUGAAGAGAAACCUACCAUGAACCACCGCACUCCACGUGCUAGUCCUUCGGUUAGCGUGAAAUCUUCUAAGUCCCCUGCACGCCAGAUCAGUAUUAUGGAAGAGGGUGCCGUCUGCCAUUCCGACGACGAGGAAGAUAUUUCUCCUCAACAACCACUUAUCUUAAGCUCAGUUUCAGACGCGGCUGCAGACGCCGUCCUUGGCGUUAAGCGGCGAAGAGAUGAUGGCGGAAGUAGUGGAGGCAGUGGAAAACGUAAUAGCGCAAUGCGAGAAACUUCUCCAAAACCAGACAGUAAAGUCCCCACCUAUGAAGGCGUGAACGACGAAAAUCGUAGCAACAGCGAGAGUCCUAAUGAUAAAGUAAGAGAAGUCUCACCAAAACCACAAACUACGUAUCUGACCGAUGAUGAUAAGAUAAAUAAAGCCAUCGAUGAGAUGACACCGUCAAAAGCAGCGGACGAAACAAAGAAAGUGAGCCCAGAAAUAGAAGACGGCUUAACAGCGGAGAAAACGCUCAGUUUAGACAUAGAUGGCAACGUGGUUAGAGAAACGGACAUUCUUGAUGACGAAUCAGACAAUGAAUAUUCUUUUGAUGAUCUUAACGUACGCGAAACAGAUAUUUUAGAUGAUGAAAUAUAUGAAGAUGCCGUGGAAAGCUGGGAUGAGAUCACCGACAUUAGCACCCCUUCAAGCCCUAACGUUUCGCCUCAGGACUCCCCCGUUAAAACUAGCUCAAACAGUAACUAUCUGCAGCAGAAACUCGAGUUGUCACAUAAUGGUGACGAUAACAAAAAUAUAAUCAGAGGCAACGAAAGUGAAUCCAAACUAUCCGACAUUUUCCAAGAUGCUCUCAAUGGCUGGCCGAUUGAAUUAGCGGACCCGCUCAUGGAGUGCGAUAAUGAGAACGAAGAAGCUCUUCGAAUGCUGCCAAAUAUUGAAAACUACGAUACAAUUGAAAAGCACGAAAUUGAGAAUGAAGAAAAUGACAAUAAGGAUAAGAGGAAAAAAAGAAAAAAAGAAAUCAAAGAAGCAAAAGCAAGGGAAAUGAAGGAAAAGAAAGAAGCCGAGAAAAGAGCUCAACAAGAACGCAAAGAAACACUUGUUCGACAAAAAACUUUGAAAAAGGAAGAAUUGGAAGAGAAAAAACGAAGGAAGAAGGAGGAGGCUGAGCGUGCAAGAGAAGAAAAAAUUGCUCAAUUAAUGCAAUUAAAAGAGGAAGAGAAAGAGAAUCAGAGACGCCUGGAAGAGGAAAAACGGGCAAAAAAGGCGAUGGAAGAGGAGAGAAAGCGUUCUCAGAAAGAACAAAAAGAGCGUGAGAAAAGUGAAAAGAAGGAAAGUAUUGCAAGACAAAAGACACUGAAAAAAGAGGAGCUUGAGCGACAAAAAACAUUGAAACGCUUGUCAUCGAAAGGAGAGAAGUCGUCUAAGAAAAGUAGCUCGAAGACACCUUCACCCCAGCCAGAAUUUAUUUCUCCUGGGGAUAAAUAUAAAAUCAAAACAAAAAUAACACAGUACACGACCCAUCGCCGUGUCACAACCAAGCAAGGCAAAGUCAGUGUGCCAAUUUACGUCAGUUUUGGUAUCAUGACUGGCUACAUUGUUGGCGGGGCCUUCUUAUUUUCAAUCUGGGAAGGCUGGGAUUUUCUCAAAGGGUUAUACUUCUGUUUUAUCACGCUCAGCACCAUUGGUUUUGGCGAUGUAGUUCCUGGCACCAGCAUUAAUAGUGAUUCUGCGCCAGAAAAACUUGUCUUUGUGUCGCUUUAUCUUCUGUUCGGUUUAGCCGUCAUUGCGAUGUGUUUUGACCUGAUGCAAGAGGAAGUCCGGAACCACUUCCGGUGGCUGGGUAUGAAGAUAGGUCUCAUUGAAGACAAACUUAAAAAUGGAUGAUUCUGGCAUGCAGUGAUCACCCUUAUGUUUUUUAUUGUCGAUCAACAUCGUGAAUGCUUUGGGCACCUACCACGUUCUUUUUCCCAUUUGGUGUCAUCUUUUUUAAUGCGUACAGUUAUAUGUACAGUCAAAUAAGCGGGGAAUUCAAAUUUGAACAUGCAAAAAAAGAGAAGUGACCCAAGGCAUUCCAGUCAAGCGACCCCUAUCGUGCGAAAGCCCGCUGCAGACAGUGGCAGCAAAGCGACGAGAUGAAUCUCCGGAGACAGAGAGAGUGUCGCUCACGUGCCGUCCCUAUGGCACCCAGAGUCCCAGCGCCAGCCCCGAGCUAUGGAAGGGAUCAGCAAGAUGAUUUGUUGGCGAAAAGCACCAUCUAGCCAAUUCUCCACAAUUAUGUAGUACGGCAUAAGUGAGGAGCGUUUCAAAGUUUAUACAGACUAGAUUUGACAUCUUGCUACACGAGAAGGAGCAGUUUGACAAGUAUAACAACAACAACAUCAACGUAAUCAUGCCACUAAAACUAAUUAAAAUGUUACAAAGAAACACCGCGACGGUGUAAAUGUGACUGGACGUUUCCUACCAAAGCAUCCUUCCACAGCUGUAUACCAUACUACAUACAAAUACUUUAUCCCUUUACUGGUGUUUACAAUAAUGCAUUGGGCUACUGGAUCUCUAUUUUCACCAUACCAAAAGGCAAGAACUGGUGACUAUCAUGCUAUAUGUGGCUACCUUACCUCCAAAUGGUGUAUACCAAUCUUCGCCUCAUCAGUGUAAGAACUGCAGCUUUCUAUUAAACAAAAACAUAAGGGAUAAUGGACUAGGGUUCUGCAAUAACUUCUUGAAAAUAUUUCUAAAAUUACUGAUAUUCCUGUUUUCUAUAUUGUGUAAAACUCUUGAUGUAAAAUAAUUUAUACAAUUUGAUAUGGGCACUUUAUCAAAAACAUGCACGAACAGAAUUUUUAUUUAACGGUCUUCUCUCACUCCUGAGACCUAUCGUUUUCCCAUAUUUGUAUUACUAAAUGUUUUGUUACGCAAGUAAUGAAAGGAAAAAAAAUAGCCCAAUUCUUAUUAGAAAAAUUAUAGGGCCCUGUAAUCGUGUGUGUAUUUUUGGAAGGGAUCCCACAUCAACUUCGUUCGUCAUUGGCAUGUCUGGCUAUAGAUUGAUGAGAUGAGACUUCAAAUUUAGAAAACGCGCUCCAGUCUAAGGCACCAAAACAACAGUCGCUGUUUACUAAACGGCCUGUUUAUUGAACGGCUGCAUGCAGAUUUAAUAAAGUGGCUAUGUUGAGUUUCACAAAUUAGACAGUGACUAAUGGCCACUUUCGUGGCUCCAGUACAAAGGGGCGUUAUUGAGCAUUGAUCUCAGUUUUUUCUUAAUUUGACAGAAACCCCAACUCUGUAGACAUGUUUGCUGGGUUAAACAGUUCACUAGCAUACUGGUAUAAUCGCAUUCGAUACUAGAGAAAAUAACUUUUCGUCAAUCUCAUCGUUAGGGAAGUGAAUGGUGGAGCCAAUAAUUAGAUGACUGAGAGUUAUAAGAAAAAUUGAAAGCACGAUUUAGGAUAUUAACUGCAACGUGGUUGCCAUACCAAUAAGUUUUUAUAAGCACUCAUAAGGAAUAAUAAUUUUCCCCUCUUGAAUAAAACCAACGACCAGGUUGCGAUGGUACCUGGAAGUGAAUGAAGUAAAAUGAAAUUAGUUUGUUUCGUAAAUAGAUGUGUGGAUUUGGUAUUACGUUUUCCUACAAGUGGAUAUUUGUAUUGAUCAGCUUGGUAGGUAAGGUAUAGGGUGGAACAUAAAUGUAGAGACAAAGAAAAGUAGAGAACUUAAAUAAUUGGGCUGGACUAAGGCAUUUGAUGACCAUAUUACGGGGGGGAAUGCAGUUGGCUUGUGUGAGCACGUGUGCGUAUACAUGCGUGCGUGUAGUCGUAAUUUCAUUGUUUUCUUGCGACCACCUCACUCGUCUUCAAAUAGGAUUAGAAACGGAAACACCGAAACAAUGGUUUCUCUAACUGGCCAUUACAUUUUCAUGGAUUGAUAAGCAUCAUCCGUCUACCCCAGGGACAGUAAGUUAGACAUGUUGUAUUGAUAUCUCUGAUCAGUAUCAAAAUGAUAGACAAAGAUCGUAUUAUACACAGGAGACACGGUAGAGUAGUGUUAGUUGUCAUUAAAAGCAUUCGUUUAUUGUGUGACCCUAUUUAGGCCAUUGUUUAGGUGUACUGUGGGUAUUUAUUUAUUUAAUUUUAUUUUAAAUUUAAUUAAUUUUUUAAACUAUAUAAUCGACAUCAUUCAGCGUAGUAACUACUUUUUGCACGUCGAGGCGUGAAAACAUAUCAGAUGUGUGAGAAAAUGAU